GCGGUUCCGCAGCGUUCGCUGUCCGGCGAGGCCGAGCGCGGCUGCGGUGUCUGCGCUGCGGUCCGUCGGCUCCCCGCGCGCGCCUGUGUGGGCUCUGCCACCGAGAAAGCUAGCGGCAGUGCCGCAGACCGCUUCCUCCAGAACACACGAGAGCAGUUGGAGCGGUCCUCCUACGGGGCACUUACCGCGUAACGGAACAUCGGAGCCCUGGUUUAGGGUUCAGGAGGCACAUCCUGGGGCUGAAUCCAGGAAACUCUUAGUUCAGUUGACUGGAACCUGCUUAAGUAGGCCAGUGUGCCUUGUGCCCUCACCAGGGUUCCUUCUUUAUGCUCCCCUUUCCCAGCCUGUCCUGGCCAGUACGGAUUCUGUGCGGACUUUCCUAAGCCCUCUCUGUGGUGUGAGAGUUGGCGGUUUGUGGUAGUUCUUUGGUUAUAACUUUGAGUCCAUAGAAAAUGUGACGACAGCUUCUUGGUUCCUGUUUUAUUUGGAAUAGGCAAAAAGAAAUCAUUUUCUCCAUUUUAAAAAGAGCAGUUCACUGGUAAUGGUGAAUAUCUUCACAAUGAGCCUCUUGUAGGUGACAAACACGGGAGUGAGCUACGAAAACAGGUGGAGUGGGCCCAGCUGGUUAAGCCACCAACUGUGAGGCCGCUGUCCCAUAUUAGUGACUGUUUGUGCCCAGGCUGCUCCACUUCUGAGCCAGCUCCCUGCUAAUGCGCCCGGGAAAGCAGCGGAAGAUGGCCCAAGUGCUUGGGCCCCUGUACCCAUGUGGGAGACCUGGGGGCCUGGCCCAGCCCUGUCCAUUGCAGCCAUCUGAGGAAUGAACCAGCAGAUAGAAGAUCCUUUGUCUUUUCCUGUCUGUGACUAUGCCCUUUUUUUUCUUUAGAAUUUAUUUAUUUAUUUGAAAGGCAGAGUUACCGAGAAGCAGACGCAGAGAGAGAGAGAGAGGUCUUCCAUUCAUUCACAGCUUCUCUCCCCAAAUGGCUACAACAGCCAGAACAGGGUUGAUCCGAAGCCAGGAGCCAGGAGUUUCUUCCAGGCCUCCCACAUGGGUCCUGGGGCUCAAGCAUUUGGGCCACCUUCUCCUUUCCCAGGCCAUAGCAAAGAGCUGGAUCGGAAGUGGAGCAGCUGGGACUCGAACUGGUGCCCAUAUGGGAUGCCAGUACUGCACAUGGCAGCUUUACCCUCUUCCACACAGCACAUCCCCCAGCUGUGCCUUUCAAGGAAAUAAAAAUAAAUCUUUUUUUGAAAGGGACAGUUACAGAGAGAGAAUCUUCCAUUCGCUGGUUCAUUCCUGAGAUGACAACAAUGGAUAACCAUGACAUUUGAUGAUGUGGCUUUGUAUUUUUCGGAGCAAGAGUGGGAGAUCCUGCAGAAAUGGCAGAAGGAAAUGUAUCAGCAAGUGAUGAAGGCCAAUUAUGAGACCCUUGACUCCUUAGGCUGUAUUUGGUCCAAGCCAGUUUUGAUCACUUCUAUAGAACAAGGGAGAACGCUAUUAAUCAGAGAUCAGGGAAGCUUAGACAAAACAAGAAAGACAACUGGCUCUUGCACUGAUGACCUGUUGGACUUGAAGAAUACUGGAAAGCUACCAUGUCUUGAUAACCAAGGAACUCUCAGGACAAGAGAGGAGGGAUACCAUUUAAAUGGUCUUCAAAAACAGGACUUGUGUGCUACCUUGCCCGGAAACGAAAGAAGGAAUUUAUGUGAUCAAAGAGCUACCUUACAAUCUCCAAGUCUCCAAGAAACAGAGACUGUAAAUCAAAAAGUCCACAGCACAGCAUCUAAUCCAGACAAGGAAGAUCCAUGUCAUAAGCCUCCAGAUAUUCCAGGUCACUUGGAAAGUCUGCCUGAACCAAGAUUUUAUUCCUGCUCUACCUGUAGGCAAGUCUUCCAGGUCAAGAAUGAGCUGGUAAAGCACCAGAGGAGCCACUCCAGGAAGCAGCCCCGUAAGUAUCCAAAGCACAAGAAUAAACCCAGAGGGAAUUCUGAAGUCGCUUGGCCCGCAGUGUUGCUAUGCAGAAAGAAGCGGUUCCAGUGCAGUGCCUGUGAGAAGAGCUACUAUUUGAGGUGCAGUCUGAUCACUCACCAGGUCGUCCACACAGGGCAGCGGCCCUUCCCGUGCCCAGAAUGUGGCAAGACCUUCCGCUACAAAGCUGACUUGACGAAGCACCUGUGUUUGCACAAAGGGGAAAGGCCAUUUCGCUGUGAGGAGUGUGGCAAGGGUUUCGUGCAGCAGUGCAAGCUCACCGAGCACCUGCGGCUGCACAGCGGGGAGAAGCCCUUCCCGUGCGCAGAGUGCGGCCGGAGCUUCCGCCUGAAGAGGAGCUUGAAGGCCCACCUCUGCCAGCACAGCGGGAAGAAGCCUUUCCACUGCGCGGAGUGCGGCCGGAGCUUUUCUCGCAAGGCAGCCCUGAAGACCCACCAGAGGACACACAGCGGAGAGAAGCCCUUUUCUUGUGACCAGUGUGGGAGGAAGUUCAUCUACAAAACCAAACUCGCCGAGCACAUCAGAGUGCACACGGGCGAGAAGCCCUUUCCGUGCCCUGAGUGCAACAAAAGCUUCCGCCAGAAGAGGAGCCUGAAAGCCCACCGCUUCCAGCACGACGGGCGGAGGCCGUUCCAGUGUCCCGAGUGUGGCCGCAGCUUCUUCUGGAGGAACGCCAUGAGGGCCCACCAGCGUCUGCACAGCGAGGAGAAGCCGUUCUCCUGCGGGGAGUGUGGCAAGACGUUCACCCGGCCCUCCAAGCUCACGCGCCACGCCACGGUGCACAGCAGGCCAAAGGAGUUCGCCUGUGGCGAGUGCAGCAAGACCUUUUCCCGGCAGUCCAGGCUCACGCAGCACCUCAAGAGCCACGCCACAGAGAAGCCGUUCUCCUGCGCCCAGUGCAGCCGGCGCUUCCGUCAAUGCGCGCAUCUCACCGAGCACAUGCGGCUGCACGGCGGGGAGGAGCCGUUCCAGUGUCCCGAGUGUGACAAGCGCUUCUUCUGGAAAGCCUCCAUGAGGUCGCACCAGCGGACGCACAGGGAGGAGAAGCCCUUCGCGUGCAGCGAGUGCAGCAAGACCUACACCCAGCAGUCUCAGCUCACGGAGCACCUGCGCGUCCACAGUGGGGAGAAACCCUUCCAGUGUCCCGACUGUGACAGAAGGUUCCGUCUCAAAGGAAAUCUGAAAAGCCACCUGCUCCAGCACAGUGGCGAAAAGCCAUUCUCUUGUGUGAAGUGUGACAAAAGUUUCACCCAGCAGUACAGGCUCACGGAGCACGUGCGGGUCCAUAGUGGGGAGAAGCCUUUCCACUGCCCGGAGUGUGGCAAGAGCUACUGCACCCGGGGCAGUUUGAAGGCCCACUUACACACGCACAGCGGAGAGAAGCCGUUCCAGUGUCCAGAGUGUGGCAAAGGCUUCCUUCAGAAGAGGAGUUUGGAGAGCCACCUGCACCAUCACAGCAGGGAGAGGCCCUUUUCUUGUGCUGAGUGCGGAAGAAGCUUCACCUACAUGGGGGCCCUUACCACGCACAUGACAGUCCAUGCCAGGGAAAAGGCCCCCUGGCAAGCUACAUAGCAGUCACACAGUGACCGCCUUUAGGUGGAGCCGGCCAGCUCUGUGUGCUGUGCCUGAAGCAGAAUGAAGAAUUCACAGACUGCUGCCUACAGACAUCCUGGCCACAUGCAGUCAGGAGCACCUGGUGGCUCCUUGACAAAAGUUGCAGAUAAUGCAGGCAAAGAUGGUGGAAGAAAUACUGCCGGUCAUGGAAGAAACAUUGUAUACCCAUCUGCUAGUAGAAAAGAUUUUUCAGUGCCAUGGAAGCCUGUGAUACUCUUGUUACUGAAUUGGCAACUGUGGCCUGAACAAAGAAGUGUUACAAGCUGGAACUUUUCCCCACAUCCACCUCCGCCAGCUUUUCCAUUACCAGGCCUCUUUAUUUAAAUUUGUGUUGGACUCUCCAGUUUGCUCUCAGAGUAGAUUUUCAUUACCUCUCAAAUGGUGAGAUAGCAUCUGUUUCUUGGGGGAAUUUCUCUGUGUUGCUGAAAAUAAAUGUUGUUCAUCAACCCAUUUGUUAAAAUGA